AUGUUACCAGGCAGGGCCCCACAAACUGUUGCUGUAACCCCUGGAAAGAAGAAAACACAACAGUAUGAAGAGCUGCAAGCUCCAGCUCCACCACUACCACCAGUGGCUUCCAUCAUCACAAAUGAAGUAGACAUGCGAUAUUACAAUGAUUUGCUGAAUCCAAUUCCAGAAGAAUUUAUUUCUGUGCCCUUGAUACUGCAUUGUAUGCUGGAACAGGUUGUGGCAAGUGAAGAAGACCUUGUCCCACCGAGUCUGGCGGAGCCGCCUCCCAGAACAGAUGGGCUGGACCACAGAAUCACAGCUCACAUCAUGUCCAUCCUGCCCUCUCUGACAGAGAGGGAGAAAAAGAAUCUCCAUGAAAUAUUCUUAUCUGAAGAGGAAAAUGAAAGCAAACCAGUGCCCAGGGCCCCUCUCCUACUGAACUAUCAUGAUGUCCUCGCCCACAAGAAAUAUGUGCUAAAGGACCCAAAGAAUUUUGACCUCGUUCAAAUUGAGCAGAAGAUGCAGUCUAAGUUGCCACUGUGGGAAUUCCUUGAAUUCCCUCUGCCGCCGCCAUGGAACAGCACGAAACGUCUAGCUACAAUUCAUGAGCUCAUGCACUUUUGUACAAGUGAAGUUGUGAGCUGGAAUGAAGUAGAACGAGCCUUCAAAGUGUUUACUUUUGAGAGCCUGAAACUCUCUGAGGUUGAUGAAGAAGGGAAACCGAAGCAUUCUAGAAUGAUGUAUGGGACAGAUUCUGAGAUGUUCAACAUACCAUGGGACAACCCUGCCAGAUUUGUUAAACAGAUAAGGCAAAAGUACAUCAUGAAAAUGAAUACCCAAGAGACCAGACAGCAAACAGAUAGUGGAAUCAAAGACAGAAUUUUAUUUCUGGAUCAGAAUUGGUCAACAUCUAUGCAAGAUGAUGAGAUCAACAAAGAACCUUCUAAUCCUAGUCAGCCUGAUACUAACAAUAUGAAGUAUUCUGACCUGGAUAAUAGGAAAUCCUUAGACUCUGAUUACAGAGAACCAUCAGAGCAGGAGAACAGCUUGAAGUCGCAGCUCCAACCUGAGCCUUUGAAGCAGACCAUGAACAAUGAGAUCAAAGAUAAAGCGGUCACAAAUGCUGAUCCUCUUGAAAAGAAACCCAAGAAGAUGACUGUGGAAGCAGAGUUACAGGACAUAAAGAAAAUGCAGCAACACAAUCUAAUGGACUGGAGUUUUACUGAACAUUUUAAGCCAGAAGUUCUGCUUCAGGUUCUUCAAGAAGCCAAUCAGCAAUACAGGUGUAUUGAUUCUUAUUACCACACCCAAGAUAACUCUUUACUGUUGGUCGUUCAUAAUCCAAUGAAUUUGCAACAUCUGCACUGUGAAUAUUGGAACAUUGCUCUUCACUCUAAUGUUGGAUUCAGGAAUUAUUUGGAACUUGUUGCAAAAUCCAUUCAAGAUCGGAUCAUAAAAGAAGAAGCUGUAUAUCAGGAAGCUAAAAUGGCUGAGGAAAUCAGUAGGACUAAGAAUGAGCUGGAAAUAAAAUCUUCUGCUGGUACCAAAAUUUCUUCUACUAGAAAAAUUUAUUCUAUUAAAAAAUCUAAAAAUAAGUAA